CCAGAUCACAAGGGAUUAAGCUUUGAUAAGGUAUCAGACAAAGUUAAAUCAAUAGUGAAACCUAAAUUGGGAUUAAAUGAAAGAAUUGCCAAAGCUGUAUUAAAUCCACGUCCACUUCCUGAAUUAUCUGGAGAGGUUAUUAAUGUAAAGGAAAUGGAAGAUUUCCCAGGAGCUUAUCCAAAUUUCUUGUGCAAAGAACCCAGUACAACUUUGAUCCGCUCUCCUAUGAUGACGGGAAAAACAAAAGGUCUGAGAAAAUAUCUCAAUUCCUUAACCAAGAAUAAAGCUAAUAUGCCUUGCGUCAUCUGGAUUUCUUACCGAAAAACUCUUAGUAAUGAAUCAAUGGGUAAAAUUAAUGAUCUUAAAUUAUCCGGACUCAGAAUCUGUAAUUAUCAAGAUGAACAGAGCUUGUCCAUAGAUAAGUGGGAUAUUAUCAUAGUUCAAGUUGAGAGUCUCUCUCGUAUAGAAUUCUCAGCCCGUCCGAUUGUAGCUAUUUUAGAUGAAGUCAAUGCAAUUCAACGUCAAAUGAAUAAUGCGCGGGAAUCUGAAAAUGCAAUGCGUGAUGUGUUAAAAUCGGCUCAACAUGUUUUAGCCAUGGAUGCAUUUGCAAAUGAAAGUACACUAACAUUUCUCAAGGCUUAUUGUGGUGAAAAUAUGUGCCUUGGCACUAGCUCCACUAUCCGAGUAAUUGAUAAUAAAUUCCAACCACUUAUAGGUAAGACUGUUGAGUAUCUUUACGACCCAAAUAGUGGAGCUGAAGCUAUGCGAAUUGGGUUUGAAUUUCUCAGACAAGGCAAACCUAGUGCUUAUUAUGGAGAUAUGGAUGGAAAACAACGAAAAAAAGACUUUUUAGAUAUUAAUACUGCUUGGGGUGAACUUGAUUGUGUAGCUUAUAUGAGUACAGUGGAAGCGGGCAUAUCUUUUGAAAAGACUGAUCACUUUGAUGUGCGUAUACUAUCUCUCUAUUAUCAAAAAAAUUCCAAUGAACUUUCUCAUUCGCCAGGUCAUGAAAAUAUUCGUGCUGAACUUGAAAGUGCUCGUCCUACUGAUCUACCUACAGCAAUUAAGGGCCAUCGUGAAUGGGAUAAAAAUAUUGUUUCAUAUAAACUUGAUCAAUCUCCUGCUGUAACAUCAUUCCUUGAAGUUGAACAUCGAAAACGUCUAUCUGAAAGAAAUUUCAUUGAGAUAUCAUGCAGUCUUAUAGCCAGUACGGGUGCUUCUCUUCAACUUAUAAAAAUGGACGAGAGCCAAGAAGUUAUAGGGAAUCGCAAAAGGGUCCGCAAUGAGGUCAGGGUUGAAGCAUCAGUUAUCAAGGAAACGGAUUUUUGUGCUGUUGCAACUUCCCAAAAUCUCAUCCCUGAAGAAGCCGAAAUUCUUAAGUUUGAUCAAGAAUGCUCUAUCCCAGAUACCAUGGCACUUAAACGUUUCUAUUUGCGAAGUCUCUAUACCGGUAAAGAUAUGGAUAUGAGCAUCGAAGAUUGGGAUAAACUUUGUAAUAAAAAAUUUGUGGAACAUUUUGGAUCUCCCGAACCUCGAAAACAUUUCUUACGUCUAUCUCAUCUUCGGAGGCUUGGUUAUGAUGAAGAAAGUGCAAUAGAAGGAUUGGAAGCUAAGGAUCUCGCACAAUGGGAAGACACCUGUUAUAAAGCCGAAGAGAAUUUUGAAAAAUCAGUAGUGGAGGACUUGCGUAAAACUUAUUCAGCAAAUCACUGGAAGGUUAUAAGAGAACUCUUUCAAGUACUGGGCUUUACUGGUAUAGAUGAUAAACGUAUCCUUCCUGGCAAUAUUGUAUCAGAAGCAUUCACACAAUCCUGUGAAAAAUUUAUAGAAAUUCGAAAUCAAUCCUUAUUGCUCUUUGGCUUUAAGUCUCGUGCAAAAGAAAUACCAGAUCUUAAAUCAGCUAUAAAGGCAAUUAAUGCAAUUGUUGGACCUAAAGGACAACAGAUUUGGAAAUAUUCAUAUCAAAUUAACCGAAAACCAUAUAAUAGUCGUGGUUUUGAUAAUCAAGAAGAAGUAAUGACUAGAAAGUUAGAUAAUCCUGAAUAUUACCCUAUAGCUCCAGUUCUUCCAUCAUAUAAGCCAAAGGUAAGUGAUGAGAUUCAGGAUCUUUUCGAUUCUAUACCUAUUAUUAAUAAUAUUACUUCAGAACAUGUUGAGCAUAAAAUUUCUGACUCAUCUAGUAAUGCAAUUGAUGAAAAAGAUUUACCUUUGAAAAUACCAGCCUGUAAUCAAUCUGCUGGUCUUUCCCAAGAUAGAUGCCAUGUUGAUACUACUAUUAGUAAAGCCAGUAUAGUUGAGAAAAAAAUACCCGAAUCCUUAACUACUCUAUCUUCAGAAUUUCUCAUUAAAAAUGAAUCUGAUAUAGACAAUCUUAUCCUUCUUUUACAACAAAAAUUCCAAAUGUCUCAGGAAAGGUUAGAACAAUGGCGAACCAAGAUUGCCUUUGAAUUGCGGGAUAACCAAAAUUACUGGAAAAAAGAGCGCGAGAGUAUGAAUGAAGCUGAGUUCUUGGAACACAAGCGAAAUUUCGAAGCUAAAAUGGGUGUUCCUACUACUCCAUACAAAAAAGAAUUAAAAAACCGCACUUUAGCCCUUAUUGAAUAUGCAUAA